AUGACUUCCCUACAAAGCAAAGCAGAAGCCGUCAAGGCGGCGGCGACAUCAACCGCGACAUGCACAUCAGCAACCUCCGUGUUGCUCAAAGAACUUCUUGCGACUGAGACCGAAACAGCGUCGGCAACAACGAAGACAACAUCACGAAAUGCAAAGUCGACAACAACCACAAGAGGCAAGACCGCAGGAGCGGCACGAACCGCUGCCAACAAGAAGGAAGAAUUGAGCCCAAAGGAAAAGGCAGCACUCGCGGCGCACAUCGUCAACGUCGCGCUCAAGUCGCUCACCGAAGCUUCGAAGCCCGCACCGGCGGCCACACCCCCGACACCAUGCCGACGACAGAACUCGGGCGAGGACCUUAGGAAGACCCCGAGCCGACGACAUCUGAGACGAUCAAACUCAUUGCCGAUGACGCCCAUGCAACCGCGUUCGCUAAAUCGGACAUCGACCUCGCCCAUGACUACCGUGAAGCCGGCGCCGAAGCCGACGACCACGUCUACACCACCGACGACAUGCCUCGCGACGGUCGAGUGUUUGAGGGCUUCCUUCGCCUGCCUGAGAGCGCUGCACAUUUCUGGAGCCGUGCCGCUUCCUGAUUUGCAGCUGGAGAACGGCAUGUCUUCUUUCAUUGCUAAGCUUGUCGGCCUGGGGCUCCAGGAACAUGCGCUGAAGGAAUUGAAUAUCCUGAAGCGAAGGCUCGAUGCGUUGGGGACUUCACCUAAGACCAAGCCCAAGGCAACCAAGGCAGCAGCCGCGGACACAAAAAUCAAAGGACCUGCAGAGCUGUUGGACUUUGGUGAUGCCAAAUUUUCGGGCGCAACUCUGGGUGUCGUUAUAUCAACACAGAUGCACAUUUUGCGCCUGAUAUCUUUGGGCAAGAAAGCAGCAAUCAUCGAAGCAGCUAAGCCGUUCCUGACCUCCGCCUGCCCGACAUCUCCCAUGAAUCUCCUUUUGGAAUCCGCUAAAGAGUCUGCCCAAGCGAAAACGAAAGCGGCUCGGCAGUUGGAUUUGCUCUCGCAGUUGCUUACCUCCCUGGCUCCCAGCGUCUCUAACAAGGACGACGACACAGCGAAGGACUCCCGGUUGAGCUGUUCUCCGGCCACCGCGUUGGAGUUUCAAGCAAUUGCACUGGAGGCUCGCCUGCACUGGUGGCCCAUGGCAGGCCACAAGGCCGACGUCAACAAGGACAUCAUGUCCCCGUUGUCGAGAUGCCUCACCUCGUUUAUUCGUAGAUCUCAGUCAGACCUCGCCGGAUCCUACCGUCGAUCUCUCGAUGUUUUCCAGCGCAUCAUGAAGAUGGUUGACAGCCAACAUCUGGAGCCAACUCUGUCAUCGAAAUCGCCGCUCGCCAUCAUCUACCAGGCUUUGGGUACCGCAGCUCAGGCUGCUCGGCUUUACAAAGACUCGGCCGACUGGAUCUUGAAGAUCAAGCAAACUUUGAACCCGGAGAGCGACUCAGCGGCGAAGUGCUGUGCUUACUCGGCGCAGCUCGUCGCUGUUUACGGCAAACAAGUGCCGCUCCCCGAUCAGCAGCUUACAAAGGCCCUGACCGAGGUCAUCGACGCACUCCAGGGCAUGCUCAAAGGCGAUUUCACAGAGCUUGAGGAACUAAUGACCAACCUGUCGGCUGCUCGAAGGUCUUCAGUCGGAAUAUUAUCAAGCAAUAAGCAAGAGGUUUCCGAAGAGAUCGUCGAUCUGCUUAAUAAGCUGAUUCUCCAGUUCCCCCGAUUCUCUGUUCGAUGGCUCGGGAAAGCGCCGACAAGAGACUCAGCAGCCAAGGACCGUGUGCGCCACGAGCAGAGACGACAGAUCCUUCUCAGCUCUGUCCCCCAAAUCUUGGACUCGGCGUUCAUGGUUGCGAAAUCGCACAUUGACAAGAACAAGAUGACUUGGGAACUUCUCGACGGCCUUCUGCAGGAGUGCCUCAUGUUGCUUGAUUCUAUGGGCGACAUUAGUACUACCGGCUCAAAGACCAACGAUGGCAAUUCUGCGUACACUAAGAUUUCCCAUCUGUAUUUCAUGUUUUUCCACUGGUAUCGACGUAACAACGAAAGCAAGCCUGGCGACAAGACGCCUCUGCGGGCUCUCCGACGAUCCGUUGAUUGCGUCAAGGACAGGCCAUCCGAAGAGAAGGAGAAGGCACAGACUACAGCAAAGCUCGAAUAUUUUGCAGAGCUCUGUAAGCACGCGGGCCGCAUUAACGAUGCUCGAGAUGCCCUCAAGCUCAUCUGCACGAACAUGGUCGAGGAUGGUGUCCUGUCCGCGGUGGCCGCUUCCCUGUCGGAAAAGUCACCCGCGGUUGCCUGGGGCGCAAACGACAAGACAGAGGCCUUGUCACGGACGCUGGGUGCCAUGGUCAAGCUCGACCAGUCUUGGAAUGACUGGACCUUCUUCCUCGCAGAUGUUGAGCGGGCGGCGGUCCUGGAGCGCAUCAUCCAACUCCUUCUAUCCGACACAUCGAACGAAACGAAAUCGGAUGAUAUCAAGGAGCCGGUCACUGAGGCUCUCUUGAGGAUUUACUCCGUCGAUCGCUUCCCGAUUCGCCGACUCCGUACUUUGACGCAGCUUCUCACAAUGGCCAUUGGCGACCAGAACAAGUUUCAAGAUCUCCGAGAGCAAACCGAGGCGGCCCUACAAGCAUGCCGUUCGCAGGAUCUUGCUGAUGACAGUGGUUUGGCAACCUAUGUUGCGGACCUUGAGGCCUCCCUGGCAUCAACGGUAGCACUCGUAGAAUCUCAUUCCGAGUGGCGCACAAGCCAUUUCGAGUGCCCGAUCAACGCUUGGCGUGCUAUUGUGACCGAGUGCUCCUCCAAGGACGAUGUUCUCUCCAGAGUCAACGACGCCGAGGGACUUCUCAGACAGCUCGGUGCCAUUGCCAACUUCGCGAGGCUCCGCGGCGAGGACGAGUUCCUGCUGUCGAUUCUGACCUUAUCAGCCAACCUCUCGCAAAAGCUAUCCGAUUCGUCCACAGACUUGCUGGUCCAGUCACACAGCGAUCUCGCAGAUCAAUAUACCCACCUGGGCUACUCUGACAAGGCCGAGGAAAUCCUCAAAAAAGCCCAGGAGUUUGUGCAGUCCUCGAGCAGUGAUCCUGACCUCGCGGCCGUUAAUCUUUUCGUAUCUUUUACCGAGCAUCAACUGGCUAAGCAGAACUCUGCUGCCGCUCAAAAGAUGCUUCUCCAGGGCCAAGCCGCUUUUGAAAAGUCCUCCUCGAGUCGCAGAGGCUCCCGACAACAGAGAAAGCUCCUGCUUGCCAGAGCCGCUUGCCUGUUUUCCCGCAUCAAAUGGGACCAAGGUGAAUACCAGCAUGCGCUGUUUCAUGCCAAGACCAGCGUCCGUCUUCUGUACUCGGACUGGACGAAGCUGGAAGCUAGAUGGCAAAGUGCACCGAAAGCAAGCUCGGCACAGGCGUCGCGGGAAGGCUCUCCCGACACAGAUGAUAGCAUCAUCAAGGGCGAUGCUCCUGCCCGAAUCGACUUGUCCGAUGGACCGGAUAGCUGGGCACUCGCCUGCGGUCUCCUGACAGCUAUGCUGCAUCUUUCGUCUGUCUACGCCCAUCUGGGUAUGUUCCAGGAGACGGUCUACUACGCAGAGAAGGCCCACCAAGUCGCCAACUCAACCAACGCCUCCAUCUACAGAGCACAGGCAGCGAGCUGGAUCGGUUCUGUGUGGCUCAAGGCAAGCAAACUCGACAAGAGUCUGGGGUAUCUGAACGAAGCGAGGCAGCUCAUGGCCACGGCUGUUAAGCCCACGCGUCAGGCUUUCCAGCUCGUCUGCGAGCUCAGUGCCUCUUUCGGAGAGAUGAAAGACCAUGAAAACGAACUGCUGCUCCUCGAGCUCGCAGAAGUCACCCUCGGAACCUUGAACACCAGCAAUCAGGGUGCCAUCACCGGAGUCAGCGCUGAGCAGGUUGUCCAUAAGAUGGCCAACCUCACGCUGAAGAGCGCUGCGGCGACAACGGCGACAACGGCCACUCGAAGAACACGGACGGCCAAGACCGCCGCUAAGACUACGACCAAGACAACUGCAGCGGCGAGAACUACGAAGCGCGCAACAGCCCCGAAAGCGAAGACGACUGCGCCAUCCAAGGCUGUUGUCGUUGCGGAUAAUGGUCAAACGUCUGACUUGAAGGCAUCCAUGUUGAUGUACAAGGCACUGGUCCACCUUAGCAAGGGCGACUGGGCGGGCGCAUCAACACUUCUUGAGGAAGCCAAGCAGAUGUCGACAAGUCUGCGGGAGUCUCUCCGUGUCCAGAUUAGUGAAGCGACCUGUCUCAUCGAGCAAGGCAUCAAGCAGAUGGAGGGCGACUCCGUCUUCUCCGUGGUCAAGGAGUCCACAAUCUCCUACCCCUCGAUUCACGCUGCAUCCGACAAGAACACCACGGAAAAGACAUCACCGGGCGGUCCCUCUCCCCGGAAGCCUCAGAGCCGGGCUAUUUCUGCGGAGCGCAAAGCAUCCAAAGAAAACGCCGCCUUUGUGGAGACUUUGGAGCAAGCCCAGGCACAGCUGAUGGAAGCUCAGGCGGCCGCUGCUAUUUCUGGCAACGGACAUCUGGUUCAUCGCAUCUCAGCGUUGCUUCAAAGCACAGGCAUCUUCUUGUCGGCCGCAUCCCAAGGUGUUCCUAAAAAUAUCGGCAACUUUGGAUACGCUGCCUGCUCUGUUGAGUUUGCACGAAACUUGACAUGGAAACGGGAGCGAAGCACUGUGGCCACGGAGCAGCUCAACCCCAGCUUCAGCGAAACUGGUUGGCCGUUGGCCCUUCAAGUUGAAGACGACAGGCGAGCAAGCAUCAUGACUGCCGACGACAUGACGAGGUUCCAGCGUGACUAUGUCGACAUCAUUCCCGAGGCGUGGAGCGUCUUCUCUGUCUCGCUUAGCGAUAACCGCAAGGAUCUGUGCAUCACGAAGUUACAAGCCGGCCAGAGCCCAUUCGUCCUCCGAUUGCCAUUGGAACGUGUGGCCUCCAGAGACGGCGAAGAGGAGUUGUUCGACUUCCAGCGUGGUCAUGAAGAGCUCAUGGAUAUCAUUAAGGCCACCAACGACAGCUGCCACAAUGCGGGCGACUACACUGGAAAGGGAGCCAAGGCGGCCUGGUGGGCCCAGCGAGAGGACCUCGACAACAGAUUCAAAGACCUUUUGGACAAUGUCGAGCAGGUCUGGCUCGGCGGCUUCAAGGGCAUCUUCUCUCAGCACCGCCAUCGUCCCGAGCUCCUUGCCAAGUUCCAAAAGGCCUUUGCAAAGAUUAUGGACAAGCACCUGCCGUCUCGAAGGCAGGUACGUGGCAAGAAGACCACGAAGGCCCCCAAGGUUGCCUUGGAGCCUCGCAUUCUCGACUUGUUCGUUGGCUUGGGAGACCCAUCGACGACCUCGCCAGAUAAUGACAUGGAUGAGCCCCUUAACGACCUCCUCUACUUCGUCGUAGACAUCCUCCAAUUCCAAGGCGAGAGGAACGCUUACGACGAAAUCGAUUUCGACUCCAUGGUUCUGGAUACACUCGAUGCUCUACAGACCUACCACACCGCGGCCAAGACCUCGGAAUCCGAGGAAGGAGCGCACAGCAUCCUGAUCCUCGACAAGGCGCUCCAUGCCUUCCCUUGGGAGUCCCUUCCGUGCAUGGAGGGACUGGCAUACUCACGUGUUCCCUCGCUCUCAUGCCUUCGCCGAUUGAUCACGGAGCAGAGGGCUACUGAGGGCACCCACGGCGUUGAUCACCACACAGUGUCACCCACUGGGGGCACGUACAUACUCAACCCGGGUUCAGACCUCAAGAACACCCUCGCCACCUUUGAGAAGCCCCUGAAGACCCUCGGCGACUCCUGGAAGGGCAUCGUCUCGCGUUGCCCGACAGAGGACGAGUUCGAGGGCGCCCUCAAGAGCUCAGACAUUGUCCUCUACUUUGGCCACGGCAGCGGUGCGCAGUACAUCCGCGGCAAGACCAUUAGGAGGUUGGAGAAGUGCAAGGCGGCAGCGCUACUCAUGGGCUGUAGCUCGGCGUCGCUCCAGAACGUCGGCGAGUACGAGUGCCACGGUCCCGUGUGGAAUUACAUGCUCGCAGGGUGUCCCGCCGUCGUGGGCACCCUCUGGGACGUGACGGACAAGGACAUCGACCGGUAUGCGGGCCGAUUAUUCGAGGAGUGGGGUCUGAUGAAGAAGGGGACGUUUAUUGAUGAAAGCAAGCCUUCGGCCAAGGGCAAGGGCAAGGGCUUGUUCGCCGAUAAGAAGGGCAAGGGCAGCAGCAAGAGAGAGGAGGAAGAAAGCCCGGAGCGCGAGGACGGCCGCGAGACGUCACUCGUCGAGGCCGUUGCUAAGGCUAGGGACGCCUGUCGGUUCAGGUACAUAACAGCCGGCGCAGUGUGCGUGUACGGCAUUCCCGUGUACAUCAGCAGGGACAAGGCCAACGGCGCGUGA